AUGGAACAUUUCCAGUUGGGUGAUGUCACAGACACUACUGACAGAGUUGUGCCAGACCAUGUUCGACAGGGCACUGAAGAGCAGAGAAGGACCUGGCUACAUGACUCUGUGGCUGAGGUUGCGGACAAAUUCCUGACCUUCUCAAACACUUUUGACCUGUCAGCUGCAGUGACUGAUGCUGCCCAACGCACUGGCAAGGAGAAGCUUCCUUGUCGUCAGCCUGGUUGCCCAAGAGUAUUCUGGAAUAGCAAGGGUGGCAAAGGCAAGAACAUACCCCUGGAUCUCCAUCUGGAACACCUGAACAACUUCCUUAAGUCGUUUUUGAGGAAUAAAGGCAGCAACCUGACAGAGGACACGGCUACCAGGAGCACGACCCUCGACCGCGACCCUCGACCACGACCCUCGACCCUCGACCACGACCCUCGACCACGACCCUCGACCACGGCCCUCGACCACGGCCCUCGACCACGACCCUCGACCACGACCCUCGACCACGACCCUCGACCCUCGACCACGACCCUCGACCACGACCCUCGACCACGGCCCUCGACCACGGCCCUCGACCACGACCCUCAACCACGACCCUCGACCACGGCCCUCGACCACGACCCUCGACCCUCGACCACGACCCUCGACCACGACCCUCGACCACGACCCUCGACCCUCGACCACGACCCUCGACCACGACCCUCGACCACGACCCUCGACCACGACCCUCGACCACGACCCUCGACCACGACCCUCGACCACGACCCUCGACCACGGCCCUCGACCACGACCCUCGACCACGACCCUCGACCCACGACCACGACCCUCGACCACGACCCUCGACCACGACCCUCGACCCUCGACCCUCGACCACGACCCUCGACCACGACCCUCGACCACGGCCCUCGACCACGACCCUCGACCACGGCCCUCGACCACGACCCUCGACCACGACCCUCGACCCUCGACCCUCGACCACGACCCUCGACCACGACCCUCGACCACGACCCUCGACCACGACCCUCGACCACGACCCUCGACCACGACCCUCGACCCUCGACCACGGCCCUCGACCACGACCCUCGACCACGACCCUCGACCACGGCCCUCGACCACGACCCUCGACCACGACCCUCGACCACGACCCUCGACCACGACCCUCGACCACGGCCCUCGACCACGGCCCUCGACCGCGCCCUCGACCACGGCCCUCGACCACGACCCUCGACCACGACCCUCGACCACGGCCCUCGACCACGACCCUCGACCCUCGACCACGACCCUCGACCACGACCCUCGACCCUCGACCACGGCCCUCGACCACGACCCUCGACCACGACCCUCGACCCUCGACCCUCGACCACGGCCCUUGACCACGACCCUCGACCGCGACCCUCGACCGCGGCCCUCGACCACGACCCUCGACCGCGGCCCUCGACCACGACCCUCGACCACGGCCCUCGACCACGACCCUCGACCACGGCCCUCGACCACGACCCUCGACCACGGCCCUCGACCACGGCCCUCGACCGCGGCCCUGACCGCGGCCCUCGACCACGACCCUCGACCACGACCCUCGACCACGACCCUCGACCACGGCCCUCGACCACGGCCCUCGACCACGACCCUCGACCACGACCCUCGACCACGACCCUCGACCACGACCCCUCGACCACGACCCUCGACCACGGCCCUCGACCACGACCCUCGACCACGACCCUCGACCACGACCCUCGACCCUCGACCCUCGACCACGACCCUCGACCACGACCCUCGACCACGACCCUCGACCACGACCCUCGACCACGACCCUCGACCACACGACCCUCGACCACGACCCUCGACCACGACCCUCGACCACGACCCUCGACCCUCGACCCUCGACCACGACCCUCGACCACGACCCUCGACCACGAUCCUCGACCACGACCCUCGACCCUCGACCACGACCCUCGACCACGACCCUCGACCCUCGACCCUCGACCACGACCCUCGACCACGACCCUCGACCACGACCCUCGACCGCGACCCUCGACCGCGACCCUCGACCACGACCCUCGACCACGGCCCUCGACCACGACCCUCGACCGCGACCCUCGACCACGGCCCGCGACCCUCGACCACGACCCUCGACCACGACCCUCGACCACGGCCCUCGACCACGACCCUCGACCCUCGACCACGACCCUCGACCCUCGACCGCGACCCUCGACCACGACCCUCGACCACGGCCCUCGACCACGACCCUCGACCGCGACCCUCGACCACGGCCCGCGACCCUCGACCACGGCCCUCGACCACGACCCUCGACCACGACCCUCGACCCUCGACCCUCGACCACGACCCUCGACCACGACCCUCGACCACGACCCUCGACCACGACCCUCGACCACGACCCUCGACCCUCGACCACGGCCCUCGACCACGACCCUCGACCACGACCCUCGACCACGGCCCUCGACCACGGCCCUCGACCACGGCCCUCGACCACGACCCUCGACCACGGCCCUCGACCACGACCCUCGACCACGACCCUCGACCCUCGACCCUCGACCACGACCCUCGACCACGACCCUCGACCACGGCCCUCGACCACGGCCCUCGACCACGACCCUCGACCGCAACCACGGCCCUCGACCACGGCCCUCGACCACGACCCUCAACCACGGCCCUCGACCACGGCCCUCGACCACGACCCUCGACCACGACCCUCGACCACGACCCUCGACCACGACCCUCGACCACGGCCCUCGACCACGACCCUCGACCACGGCCCUCGACCACGACCCUCGACCACGACCCUCGACCACGGCCCUCGACCACGACCCUCGACCCUCGACCACGACCCUCGACCCUCGACCACGACCCUCGACCACGACCCUCGACCACGGCCCUCGACCACGACCCUCGACCACGACCCUCGACCACGACCCUCGACCACGACCCUCGACCACGGCCCUCGACCACGACCCUCGACCGCAACCACGGCCCUCGACCACGACCCUCGACCGCGACCCUCGACCGCGACCCUCGACCACGACCCUCGACCACGGCCCUCGACCACGACCCUCGACCACGACCCUCGACCACGGCCCUCGACCACGACCCUCGACCACGGCCCUCGACCACGACCCUCGACCACGACCCUCGACCACGACCCUCGACCACGGCCCUCGACCACGACCCUCGACCACGGCCCUCGACCACGACCCUCGACCACGACCCUCGACCACGGCCCUCGACCCUCGACCACGGCCCUCGACCACGACCCUCGACCACGGCCCUCGACCACGACCCUCGACCGCAACCACGGCCCUCGACCACGGCCCUCGACCGCGACCCUCGACCACGGCCCUCGACCACGACCCUCGACCACGACCCUCGACCACGACCCUCGACCACGACCCUCGACCACGACCCUCGACCACGGCCCUCGACCACGACCCUCGACCACGGCCCUCGACCACGACCCUCGACCACGACCCUCGACCACGACCCUCGACCCUCGACCCACGACCCUCGACCACGGCCCUCGACCACGACCCUCGACCACGACCCUCGACCACGACCCUCGACCACGACCCUCGACCACGGCCCUCGACCCUGGCCCUCGACCACGACCCUCAACCACGACCCUCGACCACGACCCUCGACCACGACCCUCGACCACGACCCUCGACCACGGCCCUCGACCACGACCCUCGACCACGGCCCUCGACCACGACCCUCGACCACGACCCUCGACCACGGCCCUCGACCACGGCCCUCGACCACGACCCUCGACCACGGCCCUCGACCACGGCCCUCGACCACGACCCUCGACCACGGCCCUCGACCACGGCCCUCGACCGCGACCCUCGACCGCGACCCUCGACCGCGACCCUCGACCGCGACCCUCGACCACGGCCCUCGACCACGGCCCUCGACCGCGACCCUCGACCACGACCCUCGACCGCGGCCCUCGACCGCGACCCUCGACCGCGACCCUCGACCGCGACCCUCGACCGCGACCCUCGACCGCGACCCUCGACCGCGACCCUCGAGCGCGACCCUCGACCGCGACCCUCGACCGCGACCCUCGACCGCGACCCUCGACCGCGACCCUCGACCGCGACCCUCGACCGCGACCCUUGA